AAGCCAUUUCUAGAGGUCAGGUAGUGUGUGUUCUUCUUCAACAGGCUUUUGAGUGCAGUCUACAUAACUCCUUUUUUGAAUUUCAAAAGAGAAAAUUCUGAGAUAACACCAGGAAAUUACUAUGUAGACUACACCAGCAGAAAAUAAAUCAAAUCAUCGUCUUCGUUUCGUAAUGUUCAGAAUUCGAGGAUUUCCACGUAAAAUAUCUCUGUUCGUAUAGAAGAAGAUAACAAAAUUCAGUCAAACCAAAUAGUUGAUAUUACUCAGAAGGAGGACUUGUUCGUUAGCCAAACUUUUUGUGACAUUUUGUAAUUCAGGGGCGGCCGCAGGAAGAAAAAUCAACGAACAAGAAUAUCUUACUAGGAAUUGAGAUGUAAUUAUUGAGUUGAACUAUUGAUAGAGUCAUGGGAGGAAUUCAUUUCGAUUAGAUUAGUUAGGUUUUUGAUGUAUUGAAUGGAACAAGUUGAGGCACAAAUUAGACGUCCGGUAUUUAUGCAACGGCACCAUCCAGUUCAGGCUGCCUGUUUUAGCCAAGAACCACCUCCCAUGUCAAGAAAGCGUAAGCUGUCGAUCAAUACGUCCAAUUGGCCGCAGCAGCAUACACCACCGUUCCAACAACAGCAGUAUGGAUUACCAAACUCUGAGAAAAAUUGGAAUCGUAAUGUUUGGAUGUGGGAUAGUGUGAAAUUUGUUGCUAAGCCAUUAGAAGCUGAUGUCACAAGAAACCGCUCAUCAGCGGCUGUGGGGGCUGCUGCAGUGACUGAUCAGAGAAGGAAAGGGGAAGAAAACUUGAAAAGCUCUAUGAACCAGGAUGAUCGUGAGAACCUUGCAUUAAAUCUUGGUGGGAGCUUGUAUUCUGUGGAUGAGCAUGUUUCAAGGCCCAAUAAGAGAAUCAGAUCUGGAUCGCCUGGAGGUGUCAAUGGUAGCGCAAGUUAUCCUAUGUGCCAGGUUGAUGAUUGUAGAGGAAAUUUGUCGCAAGCAAAAGACUAUCACCGACGGCAUAAAGUGUGUGAGAUUCACAGCAAGACUACUAAGGCUCUUGUAGGAAAGCAGAUGCAAAGGUUCUGCCAGCAGUGUAGCAGGUUUCACCCCCUUUUGGACUUUGACGAUGGAAAGAGAAGUUGUAGGCGUAGGCUUGCAGGGCAUAAUCGAAGAAGAAGGAAAACCCAGCAGGAGGAUGUUUCUUCGAGAUUGUUAGUCCCUGGAAAGCUAGAGAACAAUGGUAGUGGGAACUCAGAAAUUGUUAACAUCAUUCAAGCUUUAGCUCGUCUACAAGGGACCAAUAUGGACAGAAAUGCCAACAUCUCAUCAAUACCUGACAGAGAUUGGCUCAUCAUGAUUCUUAAUAAGAUGAACUCAUUACCUGUUGCCUCAAACAAUGCUGCUAGGUUAGCCUUACAUGGAGGUUUUGAUCUGAAUGUCUCACAAGAAGUUUCUACAGAAUCUUCCAACAAGGUGAAUGAGAAUUUCUCUGCUUCGUCAACUAUGGAUUUACUUGCCAUUUUUUCAGCCGCAUUAAAAGAAUGUUCUCCAGAAGUCUUGGCAGUCCUAUCUCAAACAAGUAGUCACAAUGAUGACGACAAGCUCAGCUACCAUAAGAACUCAAGUCCUGUUUCAACAUUAGCUGGAGGAGAUGGAACUGCAACCUUCCAGUCUAGGCUUGAUCCUUCGAGUUGCCAGGUGCAAGAGUGUAGACCCAGUUUUCCAUUGCAGCUCUUUGGUUCCUCCAGUGAUAGUGACAGUCCUCCGAAUCAGGGAUCUCCCUGGAAAUACUACUCCUCUGACAGCAGUAACCCAAUUGAAGAGAGGUCUCCUGCAUUUUCAUCUCCUGGUACCACGCUACUGUUCCCACUGCGGACCCCGUCAUCUGAGAUUAUGAAACAUGAGAGUAUAUCGAUUACUGGGGAAAAUAAUGUUGAGGACACUCCUCCUGGGGGUUCAACCCUUUUGGAACUCUUUAAACAUGAUAAUGGGCGAGUUGCGAAUAGCUCAAUUCGAAGUCCAUCAGGUCAGCCAGGUUACACUUCUCAAUCUGGGUCUGAUCAGUCCCCAACUUCAUCUUCUGAUUCCCACGACCGGACUGGGCGUAUCAUUUUCAAACUCUUUGACAAGGACCCAAGCAAUCUUCCCGGAAAUCUAAGGGCAGAGAUCAUAAAUUGGCUUUCACACAGCCCAUCAGAUAUUGAGAGCUACAUUAGGCCUGGUUGUGUGAUUCUAUCAAUUUAUACAGUAGCACCUUCUAGGACUUGGGAGCAAUUCCAGCAGGAUCUUCUACAGCGCGUAAAGCUACUCGUGAACGAACAAAAUUCAGAUUUUUGGAGAAAUGGAAGAUUUUUAAUUCACACAGGCAGACAAUUAGCAUCACAUAAAGAUGGCAAUUUUCGUUUGUGCAAAGCAUGGAGAACACAAAAUUCUCCUGAAUUGAUGUUUGUAUCGCCUCUGGCCGUCGUUGGUGGUCAGCAAACAACUCUCCUUCUGAGAGGUCAGAAUCUGAGGGUUCCAGGCACCAAGAUUCACUGUGCAUACAUGGGAGGAUACACAUCAAAGGAAGUUACUGGAUCAGCUGGCACUAUAUAUGAUCGCACAAGUGCAGAAAGUUUCAACUUUUCCAGUGAAAUUCCUAAUGUUCUUGGCCGCUGUUUCAUUGAGGUUGAGAAUGGUUUCAAAGGGAACAGUUUUCCACUCAUAAUAGCUGAUUCUAGCAUCUGUCAAGAAUUGAGACUUCUCGAACCGGAAUUAGAGAUAUAUGCUAGUGUCAGUGAUGGGACCGCAGAACAACAGAACCUGGAUUCUGAACGGCUUAGGUCAAGGGAGGAUAUCUUGCAUUUCUUGCAUGAACUUGGAUGGUUGUUCCAAAGGAAAAACAUCCCAUCCAGUUUUGAUGGUCUAGAUUUCUCCCAUGGGCGGUUCAAGUUUCUCUUCAUAUUUUCCAUAGAAAGGGACUGGUGUGCUCUGGUGAAAAUGCUUCUAGACAUACUUGUGGAAAGAAACAUGAAAGAAGGUGCAUUAUCAAGGGAGUCUCUGGAGAAUCUUUCAGAUAUUCACCUUUUACACAGGGCAGUAAAGAGGAAAUGCAGAAGCAUGGUUGAUUUGCUCAUUAAAUAUUCUCUAACUAGCACCACUGGUGCUCCGGAGACAUACCUUUUCUCUCCAAGUCAAAUGGGUCCGGGUGGUCUUACACCUCUACACCUGGCUGCGUGCCUACAUGAUUCAAAGGAGAUGGUGGAUAUUUUAACUGAGGAUCCUCAAAAGGUUGGGAUGGACUGCUGGUAUUCUUUAUACGAUGCAAAUGGACAGUCUCCAUAUAAUUAUGCCUCAAUGCGGAACAAUCACUAUUAUAACAGGAUGGUGGAUCGAAAGGUUGCUGUAAGGAAACAAGGGAAAGUGUCCAUAGAUAUUGAGGACGAUGAGAUAUCUUCCUCCCACCAGCAACAACAGCAACAACCACAACCACAGCCACAACUGCAGUUGGUACAGGGGCGAAGGCGGCCUUGUUCGAAGUGUGCAGUCGUGCCACCAACAGGACGUUUUAUGAGAAUGCCAGGUACUCAGGGGCUACUUCAUGUUCCUUAUGUGCAUUCUAUGCUAGCCAUUGCUGCAAUGUGUGUCUGUGUGUGCUUGCUUAUGCGGGGCUCUCCACAAAUUGGAGACAUCCCACCUUUUAUGUGGGCGCAUUUGGGUUCUGGGAUCAUGUAGUCAGAUGAAAAAAAUAAUCUAGCCAAGGAAGACGGCACAAAGAAAGAAAUCCUGCCUGCUCACUACCGCUUCUGUUAGUAUAGGAAGAUCAUCUUUCUUUUCUUUUUCUUUUCUCAAAUUUGAGACAGGAAGAAGAAGAGAGUGAUGAUGGGGGGUUGGAGGACCCUGCAGAUAAUUUAACCUAAGUUGUUGGUAUACAUGUAUAGUUUUUUUUGUUUGUUUUCUUUCCCAGUCCAUGAAUGAAUAUAGAAAAAGAUGAAUUAUGAUGAGCAUAUGUAUGUACCAAUAGAACAUCAUAAGUUCAUAACAGUUAGAUAUUGUGUACGCUUUCUCUUUACCAACUUAAUGAACUGAAAUAGAAUUUUUUCCCUGUUCUUUUUAU